AUGGACAUCGGAGGCCUCGAGACGGUGGUGGCCAACUCGGCUUACGUCUCCGCCCGAGGAGAAGGCGGCCCUUCCUCGGGCCGGGACAAGAAGAUGCGGGCCAAGCUGAAGUUGCCCCACAUCACGCAGUGCGAGCACCUCAAGGACACCCUGGACCUCUCGUUCAACUUCAUCUGCGUGAGGCAGCCCAUCGGGAAACGGCUCUUCCAGCAGUUCCUGGAGGAGACGGAGGAGUUCAAGGCGGCCGGCGGGCUGUGGAAGAGCAUCGAGGAAUACAACACGUCGGAGGAGCCCGAGAGGCCCCAAAAAGCCCAGAAGAGCAUCAACAAGUACUUCGACUCGGCCUCCAAGGAAUUCUGCUCCUUCCUGGAGGAGAAGGCCAUCAUGAGGGUGAAGGAAGACGGCAAGCACGGACACGGGGACCUCUUCAAGGAGUCCGAGCAGCACCUGCUGAAGCACCUGGAGGAGAAGGCCCUCGGGAAAUACAAGGAGAGCCUGCAUUUCUACCGCUUCCUUCAGUUCAAGUGGCUGGAGAGCCAGAGCGUGACGGACGAGUGGUUCAUGGACUUCCGAGUACUGGGGAAAGGGGGCUUCGGGGAGGUCUGUGCCUGCCAGAUGAAGGCCACCGGCAAGAUGUACGCCAACAAGCGCCUCAACAAGAAGCGGCUGAAGAAGCGCAAGGGCUACGAGGGGGCCAUUGUGGAGAAGCGGAUCCUAGCCAAAGUCCACAGUCGCUUCAUCGUCACGCUGGCCUACGCCUUCCAGACCAAGACCGACCUCUGUCUCGUCAUGACGCUCAUGAAUGGAGGAGACCUCAGGUACCACGUCUACAACGUGGAUGAGAAGAACCCCGGCUUUUCAGAAGCCAGGGCCGUUUUCUACACCGCUCAGAUAAUCUGCGGCUUGGAGCAUCUCCAUCAAAAUCGCAUCAUCUAUCGGGAUCUCAAGCCGGAAAACGUCCUUCUGGAUGAUGCAGGGCAUGUGCGCCUUUCAGAUUUGGGUUUGGCCGUUGAACUACCGGACGGAAAAGACAAAACCAAAGGUUACGCGGGCACGCCAGGAUUCAUGGCUCCGGAGCUCCUGAAAGGGGAGGAAUACGAUUCCAGCGUGGACUAUUUCACCCUGGGAGUCACCCUCUACGAGAUGGUCGCUGCUAAAGGACCUUUCCGUAGCCGAGGGGAGAAGGUCGAGAACAAAGAGGUCACCCGCCGCAUCUUAAACGAUCCGGUGCAGUAUCCGGAUACGUUCAGUGCCGAGUGCAAAUCCUGCUGCGAGGGCCUGAUGGCCAAAGAUCCGGCCGGGCGCUUGGGCUUCAAGAACAACGCCUGCGACGAGCUGAAGAGUCACGCGCUCUUCCAGAAAAUGAAUUGGGGCCGGCUAGAAGCAGGAAUGGUGGAGCCCCCGUUUGUUCCUGACCCCAAGGUGGUCUACGCCAAGGACAUCGGCGACGUUGGUGCCUUCUCCACGGUGAAGGGGGUCGUGCUCGACGAUACCGACAAGGCGUUCUACGACGAAUUCUCCACGGGGAACAUCCCCAUUCCCUGGCAGGAGGAAAUGAUCGAGACCGGGGUCUUCGGAGAGCUCAACAUCUGGGGUGCCAAGGGCACGACCCCACGGGAUCUGGACCGCAACGCGCGCCCUUCCUCCGACGCUACCACCAAAUCAGGGACUUGCCUUCUGCUCUGA